AUGCCUCUAUUAUUUAUCAUAAUUUUUCAAUUAAUUAUAAAUGGAAUUAAAGCAGAGGAAAGGGCGGAAGUAGAUAUUAGGGUUUCUGGAGCUUGCAGUCCGAUUUAUUUGUCAAGGAGAGGAAUUGAUUUAGGCAAAUACCGCCCAAUAAUACGUUUUAAUCCGGAUAAAGUUCAACUUAUACCCAAAAAUCCAGUAAUACCUGGAUGCGUUAAAAUAAAAGCAGAAGGUGUUGAAAUACUUAAACCUAUAAAGAAUUUAUUUGCCGAAAUAGAAAUGAGAAUUGGUGGAAGCCCAGACCCUAAUAAUCCAACUCUUCCUUGUACUAAAAGAAUUGAUGACAAAGUAAAUCAAUGUCCAUGUGCUAAAACAGAAGGAUCUUGUGUUUUUUGUGAUUUCUGUAGACAAUUACGAGCACAACAAUCAAAACUUUCUAUUACAGAAACAUCGAAAAGAAAACUAAAAAAUAAAUCUGGAGAUGAAGAUUCUUUAGAAGAGCAGUGUAAAUGUGAAACAAUGCAGCCAGGAUUAUAUGAUAUCGAAACAGAAAUGUGUACUCCAGAAUUGGAUGAUACAAAGCAAUAUAUACCUACUGAAUUACAAAAUAAUGUUUUGGAAAAAACGCCUAUUUCAAUGUUCAUAACAGUAUAUUUAAUGGAUUUACAGACAAAUCCAAACGAAUCAUAUUUAUCUGCAUUUGGAAAAGCUAUACUUCAAAGAAGAAUGGCACAAAGCACAGUUGCAUGUUUCUUGAUGGGUUUAGAUGUAACCCUUGGAGCAAAUGAAAAUAAACAAUCACAGCAUUCCUCUACCUCUAAUGAAGAAUAA